AUGAUGUCGAGUGGAGUCAGAUAUUCUGAAAGGAAUGAUCCUAAUUGUUCAAAUACAUUUAACCAAAAAAUACCAGAAUGCGAACCACUUCCAGAUUACCAUUUUUUCUGUCAACUUGCUCAUGGAAGCCCUACCGGAAUUAUACAUGGUUUUAAAACAGUCCGCCAGCUCCACACGAAAAUAUCGGAGUGUUUUGAUAUAAAUCCAUCUCAGAUUAUGUAUUGUACACGUAAUACACAUAAAUUAGAUAUGGAUAAAUUAUUAAGUUAUGAAAUUGGUUUAAAUGAUUUUUUAUUUGCACAUAUUAAAGGACAACCAAAAGAGAUUAAAAUACGUAAAACAAGUGAAUCAUUUGGUUUAACAUUAACAGAUAAUGGUUGUGGUGUAGUGAUUAUAAAACGUAUUAAACCUGGAGGUUUUAUGGAUAAAGUAUCUAAAACAUGUCAUGAUUUAAUACAACCUGGUGAUCAAAUUGAAAAAAUUGAUGAUAUUUCAUUUAAUGGUCGACGUCAUUAUCAUGUAGCAUCUUAUUUACAAAGUAUUCCUAUCACAAAUGUAUUUUGUCUACGAUUAAUUUCACCAGAACGUUGUCCUAUGUAUAUGAUAAGUUCACGUUCAAAAGGUAGAAAUAGUCAUGUUGGAUCAGGUAAACGAACUAUUCGUUUUAAACAAGAUGGAAAUUUAGAAGAAAAUGAGAUUGUAGAUGUUGAAAUUGAAGGAAUUCAAAGAAUUAAUGAAAUACUUGGUGAUAGUCUUGGUUUUGAAGAUAAUGAGCUUGUUGAAAUUAUGUCGAAAACUCCAUCAUCAAUAUCAGUUAUUGUUACUGGUCUACCAAGAACCGGAACGACCAGUAUGAAAAAGGCAUUGGAAAUAAUUUACAAUCAACCUUGUUAUCAUGGUUACGAACUUGUGACCAGAAAACAAUGUGACAUUGCUAAAUGGCAAAUGCUUAUCGAUGAAGUACGAACAACACGUUGCGAGGAGAAGAUACAUAAAUGUUUGAGUGAAAUGUUGGUUGGCUACCGAUCUGUGGGUAAUAUCCAAGUGUGUUGGUUAUACAAGGAAUUGAUGACUUUAUACCCUGAUGCAAAGGUUGUACUAACGGUUCGCGAUAAAAACGAUUGGUUGGCUAGUUUCCGACAAGUGGUCAUGCCUAAAUCAGAUGAUCCACGUAAAAUACAAAUGGAUGAAGCGAAAAGACGUGCAAGAAUCCCUGUUGAAUUUGACAAACUUCUUACUGAUUCAUUGAAACUAGCAUUUCAGAACGAAGAUAUUGAUUUUGAUGAUGAUGCAAUGUUACUUGAAUGUUACGAAAAACAUAACAAAACUCUUCAGGAAAAUAUACCAUCUGAACGUCUUUUGGUAUAUCAUAUUGGAGAUGGUUGGGAACCAUUGUGUAGAUUCUUGAAUGUGGAUGUGCCAGCUAAUAUACCAUUUCCCGAGACCAACCAUCACGCUGACUUGCAAAAGCUAAGGGAAUUGACGAAGAAAUUAGGAUCGAUUGAAGAAGUCGCUAGAAUUCAUCCAGGAAUUGUAUAAAACUGAAGUAUACACUGAUUGUACUAAACAUUGACGUUAUUAUUAACUAAGAAAUAAAUUGUUAUCAAGCCUUGAAUUCCAC